UUCAAUAAUUAUCGAAUGUACUAAACGAUGUACAUGUACGCGUAAACGGUGUCAGUUUUGCGUGUUGUUGACAUUCGCUACCGAUAAACGGCGACGCCGUGCCAGUUUGACGUUUGUGCGGCCGCUAGCUGUCAGAUUGAGUAUUGUGUGUAUCGUCGGCGUGCGUGUAGUGUUUAUCGCCGAGAAGAAAUAUGCUCAAGUAUUUGACACAUAAACUUCGAAAUCAUUCGCUGAAUGAGGAAAACCCAGAGGAAAAGGUUGACGGACACGAUUCGGGAACAGAAUCUGAUGACGAGAUCGAUCGGCCCGAAAUGCUCGCAAAUAAUCUCUCCUGUCCCGUUGAUCCUGCGCUUCGGGAUCAACAAUAUGACCACCACAGCUCAGAGGAGGAAUUAGAGGUGAUUAACAGUACUCCGAAGCAAGACAAAUUUGUGCGUCCGUAUCCGACGAGCGCUCCAUGUUCUGGCGAUAGGCACGACAUUGAAUCGUCCGCCAUCGCGGAUUCUGUUGCCGCGGCGGUGCCACUGGUGGUGACUGCCACCGCCCUUAGUUCAUCCGCCUCCACGCCAGAGCUACUCAUGCGGAAAGCGGAGACCGCCUCCAGCGCGGAUGAAAAAAUUGCCACAGACCUGCAUACGCCUAGCGGUGGCCUGAUAGCCAGUAAGCAGAACGAUAGGCAUCUAGUCAAUCGAUUGCGGUGCGCUUCGGCCGCAGCCGCACUUCCAAUGCCUGAGAAAAGAAAGUGGUCACGAGUAGGCCCAGUUUAUUGUCACGCGAGGAAAAGUGAUUCAUCAUACUCGCACCAGCCGAGCAGUCGCGGUGCUUGUGGUUCUUCGGAUCCAGCUUCUUCUGACGACUACGAUGAUGAUUUUGACUACGAUGAUCUUCUUCUAAUGUCUUCGCCUCCGCCCCAUUGUAACCAGCACCAAUACAAUACAGGUUGCUAUUCAACGCCAGUUCGUUUUCGCAGUUCUCCACCACUCGAAGCACUGAAACCAGCUAAUACGGUCAGCGGUCAGCAGUCAAUCGUGGUCGCGGCUCCAAUUCCUGUGAUGAUAGUACCCGUUACCAAAUUAAUUUCAGGGGGCGAAGAAAUAGUCACAAAAAGCAUCAAACGGGAGUCACCGAUCGUUAUUGUAAGAAGGGAAAGUGAUGAGGGAAAAACGGAAGGCAGCAGUGGAACAGCUGCUGGUGAAUGGACGGCCGGAGAUACGCCUAUGGAGGUUCGCUCACUUAGUCCUCCAUCGAAAGUCUUUCACUGCUCAGUGUCACCCAAGCGCCGGUCUACGCGGCCGAAUUCAUCUCACCAAGCACGUGCUCAUAGGCAUACGCAUAGGCCGUGUUUAGAUUUUGACAAAAUGCAGCAGUUGAAAGCCCGUUCGAUACCCGCGUGGCGGCACAGCAACGAACGGGGCGGUGAUCUCAGCGUGUUCUGUUGGUGAGACGCGCAUCCCAUUCCUCCUGAUGCAGAGGGUCCUGGUUUCGACACAGUAGAUGCCAAUGACAUGCAGCACCAGGCGGAAACACUAAACGAGACCAACACCUGCGAUGUACAACAAACUCAUGACACGACACACCAGACUGUCAGGUAAUCGGAAAAGGCUAGCCAGAUAAUAAGAUUAUGAGGAAGAGUACAAUAAUCUAUUACACAAAUUGGAUUGCUGACUGACUGAUAAGAAAUUUUGUCUCCUAACAAAGAUUUCUAGAUAAUAGUCUUCUGCAGUAGUUUCAUUCAUAUGGACAAGGUAUUGUGAUGAUGCAAUCUAGACUAAAAUUAAAAUAAUAAUUUUAUAUUCUUUAUAUCAACUUUAUUUUUUAAAUAUUUGAAUUAAUUCAUUCAGAUGCUACUAAGAAAAUGAAUAAGUAAAAUUCAGUUACAAAAGUAUUUAUAAUAUAGCAUUCCACAGGAAAA